AGGCCUGUUGAGGCAUGUUCAAUAGCCGUUGGUGAAAUUCAGUUAUUACUACGCAGUAAGCGCGGAACCUUGUGGGUACUUUUAACCCAGUUUGCCAGUUAAGUGUAGUCAGUUAAGUGCUUAAGAGUGUUUUCUCGGAUCAUAUGAGAGUUUUUUUUGAAAUUUAUAGUAAGUAAUAAAUUAUGAUUACAAUUGUAUCACAAAAUAUUUACAUGCAUAUGUAUAUUUAUGUAUUUAUAUGCAUGUAUAUCUCAUGUAUAUAUUGAUUUAUAUAAAAUAUUUUUAGAGACGUUUUAGAUAGUGUUGUAAAUUGUAAUAUUUGUUUUAGAUGAAUAAACGAAGGAGAAAUUCUACUGUACUUAUUGACGACGAAACAACGGAUGACGAGAUUACUGAUGAAGACCACGGGGAAAGUGAAGCUAUCUACUAGUAAUCUACGACGUACUAGAAAGAGAUGUCGAAUUGACAAUGAACAAAAGCCGAGCGGCGGUCGUCCAGUUUCGGUUCUGAGGGGACAAGGGGACAAUAAAAUCAAAUGGAGCCUAAAACCUGCCGUACGUCGUCUCUCACAAACUAAGAAAACACUACAUUUACCCGGAGUUAUUGGAGAAGCCUGUCAAGCUAAAACACCUAUUGAUACGUGGUCUUAUCUUUUUUCAGAAGAUAUUUUCGAUAUAAUAGUUGUCCAUACUAAUGAACAAAUAGAUCGCGUAUGUGCUAAUAUGGAAAAACUUUUGAGUUAUCAUAAUAAAACUGAUAUUGUUGAGAUUAAAGCUUUGAUUGGCUUGCUGUAUAUAUCAGGAUACAGGAAACAACCUGCAGUAAAUGUAAACGAGUUGUGGGGUGAAGAAUUUUCAGUUACAAUAUUCAAAGCUACAAUGUCUUCUCACAGAUUUCAAUUUCUAUCAAAAUGUCUCAGAUUUGAUGACAAAAAUACCCGUAAAAAUCAUCGGAAACUUGAUAGGUUUGCUCUGAUACGAGAAAUUUGGGAUAAAUUUAUUACAAAUUGUCAAAAGUAUUACAGACCCUAUGAAAUUUGUACCCUAGACGAACAAAUGGUAGGAUUCAAAGGUAGAUGCAUUUUCAGAAUGUAUUUACCGAGCAAACCUGAUCGUUAUGGUAUUAAAUUUUUUAUGUUGAAUGAUUCUAAAACGUGUUACAUGAUGAAAGCUGUGCCAUAUCUAGGAAAAACAACGCAACAACGUAAUGAACCACUUGCACAUUUUUUUGUAAGAGAAUUAGUAGAACCAAUUCGGGAUUCGAAUCGGACAGUUGUAAUGAAUAAUUGGUUUACGUCAAUUGGUUUAUUUCAGAUACUCCUGAAUGAAUAUAAUUUGAAAGCAAUCGGUACUAUUCGUAAAAAUAAAAAAGCAAUUCCGCGUAGUUUUACAGAAAAGGCACCACCAUCAACAACUAAAUACUGUUUCGCAAAUAAUCAAACUUUAUUAUCCUAUGCUCCAAAACGAAAUAAAAUAGUUUUGAUCCUUUCAAGCAAUAGUACAAAUACCAAAAUUGAUCCAAAAACAAAAAAACCAAAAUUAAUAUUACAGUAUAAUCAACACAAAAGUGGAACGGAUUCAUUCGAUCAAGCUUGCAAAUUAUAUACAGUUGCACGUCGGACAAGAAGGUGGCCCUUAAAAGUUUUUUACGGAAUGUUAAACAUGGCUAAUGUUAAUUCAACAAUUUUAUACAAUUUAAAUCAUGUAGACGAAAAGAAGACCAGAUUGACUUUCAUGAAAGAUUUGUCGUUUGAAUUAAUAAAGCCUUUACUAAUUAGGCGUCAUAGGAUUCCACAGCUACGAAGAAAUAUUAAAAGCGCAAUAGCUCAACUUCUUAAUUACGAAACACCUACUGUUAAUUAUUCUGAAGUCAUACCAAUACCCAAAACAAGAUGUUCAUAUUGUCAUUAUUCAUUAGGAGUUAAAACAACGAUAAUGUGUCCGCAGUGUGAAAAACCUAUGUGCAAAAGACAUCGAUGCCCUAUGUGCAUAGAGUGUUGUAAUGAAAAUUCUACUUAAAAUACAUGUUUUGUGUUUAUUUGCAUUUUUGAUGCUGAAAAAUAAAGAUUACAAUGAAUAAUA